ACGGUACAGCAAGGGUGCGCACGAGAAAAGGCAGACCGUAGACGGCGAGUGAAAGACACGGUGUUUUGGUGGGACUGAAUUGCGGGCUACACUAUCUCUCUUGGAUGAUUAUAUUUUAACCUCCAUUCUUCGGAUUUUCGAAAGCGAAAACAACUUCGUGUGUGUAUGGGACACGCGUCACCUUCGCUGUGGGCUGUGUUAUGCGUGUUGAAAUAUGAUGAAGAGGCUGAAGAGCGUGCAGAUUUCUAACGGACGGCGGCGGCAUGAAUAAAAUAGGCUACGUUUUUAUCCGCCUACUGUACCUUACAGAAUACAAACCCUGAUGCUUGUGAUUCUCCGGCUUUCUACAGAUGAUUCUGUGACAUGCAACGUGGACCGCUAUAAACGGACCCGCCAAUAAAGAGGCACAUGUUUUACUAUCCAUCCGGUGAUGCCUUUUUUAAUGAUUCGCCUAAUGGAAUAAUGAAGAUACGAUAAACUUUAGGCUACUCUUGCUUUGCGAUGGCGGCAUUUUCUGAUCAAUAUGCUACGUAAAGUAACGAAACAUCUGUACCGUUACAGCGUGGAUUCCGCAUAUUGCGUUAUUUUACAUCACUAGAUUUAGCGCGGAUUAGCCUACGUAUAAACGGUGACAUUCAUUUUAAAUCUGUCAUAUUUGUUUAUCUGGGAGGCUAUUGAAAUAGUACAAAAUACCUAAUACAUGUCAUAGCUUAUAGUCUAUGCUAAUGUUAGGUACACAUUAAGUAGCCUAUUGAUCUUGGGCAAACGUGAUUGCUAAAUUGCAGCGGUAACCUUUGCCUAUGCAAGUCCAAUCGAUUGCACGAUAAGGAGAGUUCUGGCAAUCUCUUUCCUCAGUUGUCACAGGGGUGUGUUUUUCAGCCACGCAUAUCAACUUUUUACACAUGCUACAAGACACAUAGAAAAGCUUCUCAGCACAGUGUGUGCGAGAGUGGAGUAUAGCGUAUUGCUGAUUUAGGCAAUCAUAAAGUUUAGGCAAUCAUAAAGAACAACAAUUUCAAUGGUUUUCCGAAAGUUGCCCGGUGUGUCUGCAUCGGGCAUGGGACUUCGCCUAUCCCAGAAAUUUGUGUUUCUACUUUUUCUCUCGGGCUUGGUAACUCUAUGUUUCGGGGCUCUCUUCUUCUUACCCGAUUCUGUCCGUUUGAAACGUAUUUUUCUCUCAAAGACAGAGAGCCAGCCUGUAACGGUAGGGUCUGAUAAUGAUUUAAGGGAUCAUCUAAAGAAGGGGGCAAAGGACAUGGAACAUCUCCGUGGCAUCACCUCAGCCAAGGGGGAAACCAGCACAAAACUGAAAUCCUUGAGCCGCAAGCCCUCUAUCACCAAUGAGGCAAAAGCGGACGAGAAAGUCGUCGGCGGGGAAGCUUUGGAGGACUUGACGAUGUCGAGGUCUAAAACAGAGUCGUCUUCUAAGGAUGAGAAAGUGACAUCGUCUUCUAACCAGCGUGCCAACACAGAUACUUCUUUUGAUUACAACAAGUUUAAAAAAUGUCUCCUAAAACCGCCCCUGGGGAUUGAACAUGGAAAGUCGAGCCACCCUCAGACUCUACAUCGUCGGGACAAAGUCAAGGAGAUGAUGAAGUUUGCCUGGGACAACUACAAAAGCUUUGCCUGGGGCAAGAAUGAGCUGCGACCCCUGACCAAGAACGGACACAUUGGGAACAUGUUUGGUGGUCUGAGGGGUGCUUCCAUCGUAGAUUCUCUGGACACGCUUUAUAUUAUGGGAUUAAUAGACGAAUACAAUGAUGCCAAGGAGUGGGUGGAGACCAGCCUGGACCUGAACUCGAACGGCGAGGCGUCUCUCUUCGAGGUGAAUAUCCGCUACGUGGGUGGACUUCUCUCCGCGUACUACCUGACCGGAGAAGAGAUGUUCAAGAGGAAAGUGCUGGAACUUGGGGAGAAGCUGCUACCAGCCUUCAACACACCGACAGGUAUCCCACGAGGAGUGAUCAACCUGGGCAGCAGUGGCACCAGUUGGAGUUGGGGAUGGGCGUCAGCUGGCAGCAGUAUCCUGGCAGAGUUCGGGACCCUGCACCUAGAGUUUGUCCACCUGUCUGAGCUGUCUAACAACCCUAUCUACACAGAGAAGGUGAUGAAUAUCCGAAGGCUGCUGAACAAAAUCGAAAAGCCUCAUGGUCUGUACCCUAACUUCCUGAGUCCGGUCAGCGGGAACUGGGUCCAACAUCAUGUUUCCAUCGGCGGCUUGGGGGACAGCUUUUACGAGUAUCUGAUCAAAUCAUAUCUCAUGUCCGACAAGACGGAUGAGGAGGCCAAGAAUAUGUACUACAGUGCACUGGAGGCUAUCGAGGCAAACCUGGUGCAGAAGUCCCCUGGCGGCCUGACCUACAUGGCAGAGUGGAGGGGGGGCAUCCUGGACCACAAGAUGGGCCACCUGGCCUGCUUCUCCGGGGGCAUGGUGGGGAUUGGAGCCGACGAUGGAGCUCCAGAGAAGAGACAGCACUUCCUGGACCUGGCUGCUGAGAUCACACACACCUGCCACGAGAGCUACAGCCGAUCUGCUACUAAAUUAGGUCCUGAGGCAUUUCGUUUCGACGGUGGGGCGGAAGCCACGGCAACCAGACUGAGUGACCGGUACUACAUCCUGAGGCCAGAGGUCAUCGAGAGCUACAUGUACAUGUGGAGGCUGACCCAUGACCCCAAGUACCGGGAGUGGGGCUGGGAGGCAGUGGAGGCGCUGGAGCAACACUGCAGAGUGGAAGCUGGUUUCUCUGGGAUCCGAGACGUGUAUGCCCAGACAGUCAGCCACGAUAACAUGCAACAAAGCUUUUUUCUCUCAGAGACACUCAAGUAUCUUUACCUUCUGUUUUCGGAUGAUGAUUUGCUGCCUCUGGAGGACUGGGUGUUCAACACUGAAGCUCAUCCACUGCCCGUCAUCCGCAAGAGCUGCCUGCACGGGGAGGGAGGGACACACGACAAGACAACAUCCGAGUAGCAGCCUACUGUACGACUACUGUACAAACCAAACAGAUACACAGUAACACAUUCUGAUAUGCGCAGAAACACACACUCAAAGACAAACACACCGCAUCAGUACACAGAAAACAACACAACAACACUAGCUGGGCCACUAUUCCUUGGGCUCUGUUAGGGACAUUCACUUCCUUUGCAGUAAAGGAUCUUGUCGUAUACGCUGUGAUUGUAUAUCCUUGAGUCGAGCUGGGACUACUUCCUGCCGGCACUACUUUCUGUGGACAAUCAAGACACACAUGACUUUCAUGAAAAGAGCACCUUUUUUCUUUCCUUCUUUCCUCUGUGAGGAAACCGAGAAUAACUUGCAGACCCAAAUGUAAUGGGAGGAGUGCUGUACUAUGGGCCAUAUUGUGAAAAAGAAAACCCAUGAGCUUUUGCUUUGAUUCCAUUUUUCACUUAUCCGUGAGGGACGAAUGAUUUCUCUUAAACUUGGGCUCAAUUUAAUUCAAACCUGCAUUGCAGUAUUUACACAGUAGCUCUUGUUCCAUUGGUUAAAUGAUACUGUUGGAUACGGUUUAAAACCCUACAACUACUACUAGUGUCCACUCCCCACAGGUAUGGUUUUACUGGUCAGAAUUGAAUGAUUGCGGGCUUGGGGUAAACAUUGUAAAAGAAGAUGCUGUGUAAAGAUUUCUAUGGUGGUUUUGAAUGAAUUUCAGCCCUUCUCAAUUCGUUUUUUUUUUUUUUGCAUGCUUUUUCUGUUGUCUCUGACCAAAGUAUUUUUUUUAUAUAUAUAUAUAUAUAUAUAUUUUUUUUUUUUUUUUAAAGAGGCAGGUUAAAUUAACGCAAACAGGCAUUGGAAAGUUGGAAGAUGGUAGAGGUUGCUUGAGAGAGUGUGUUACAUGUCCAGGGACCAUUUUUGAGAAAAUUCUCAUUAAUUCGCUUUCCUUUACAGUACUGUAAACAGUAUAGUACUGCUCAGAAUGACUGAGCUAAAAUAUGGCUGCCAAUAAAAACAACUCUUAUUGAGAGUUCCAGCUCUCUCAAAUCCAGUGUGGGGGAUGUUGGGCUUAUGACGGAGGGGGUAAAUCUGCAUCGUAGAGAGGAAUGUGAAUGGAGCUUUCCUAUUUCAUCCUAAUCGUAUCAUCACUGCUGUCUAAUACGGUUGUGGAGAGAAUGUGCUGUACAUACUGGAUGAAUGUGUGAUCCCUGUAUUAGCUUAUCCUAACUUCCUUUAGUUUUUUUAUUGAACUACGUCAUUUUUUCAUUUAUUUUUUAUUUGCUUCCCUCAGGUGUUUCUGUAAAAGUGGAAAAAGUUUAAUUUUAAUCAUAGUUAUUGUUGAUAUGAAUUAUUGUUAUUACUUAUUCUUAUUGUUGAUUUGACUUAUCAUUGUUGAAUAUUUUCAAAUGCUGAUAAAAGACUGUGCAACUUUGUACAUUUAAAGCAAA